AUUGAAAAAAAAAAAAAAAAAAAGAAAGAAACUCAGCUGCUCGAGAGAGAGAGAGAGAGAGAGAGAGACCCAUGUCAGACCAACUGACGAAGAGCUGCUUCUACUUCUGCUUCAGCUGCUUCUUCUACUUCUGCCUCUGCCUCUGCUUCUGCUUCGAGAGGACAAAGCAACGACUCUGUCUCCGUCGUCGUCUUCGUUGUCGUCGUCUCCUCUGAUUCAUCUCCAUCUCCCCCAACUCUACCCUUCUCUCUCUCUCUCUCUCUCUCUCUCUCUCCUGUCUUCUUGCCAUGAACCCCAACAAAGUCGAACAGGACAUUUUCCACCUCAACCACCACCAUCCCCACCCCCACCACCACCACUCCCUGGCUGUCCCUCAGCCUGAUCCGCCGGAGCCCGAGCCUGACCCAUCGUUUCUCCUCCCGGAAAUUGUCCUCUUUCGCUCCUCCGACUCAGACUCCCCCUCCCACUCCUCCGACAACGACGCCGAUGCCGACUCCACCACCCCCCAUCCCCACCUCCCCCCUAACCCUAACCCUACGCCCAACGACCCUCACCCCAAGAACCCCGACCGGCCCUCCUACAUCAGCCCGGAGCCCCACAUCUCCUCCCAAUUCUAUACCUUCAACGCCGAGUCCCAUUCCCUCAUGAUCCGCUGCCUCCUCGAGCACCGCCUCGCCACCCCCUCGGAGAUCCGCGCUGCCACCCCCCGGGCCGUCCUCCAGUCCUGGCGCUCCGUCUGGAAGGACCGCAACGAGGACACCGCCUACCUGACCGCCUGGAAGCGCAUCCAGGACAAGCUCUCAGCCCGCGUCGACCCCACCUCCGGCAACAAGUUCCUCUGCUUCAAGAACAACUCCAACCAGUUCGUCUCCCACAUCAACCAGUGGCAGGACAUCGUCAUGAGCUUCCAUGGGGACGCCGAUUUGAAGCACCUUGGGCUCAAGGAGACCAUCGAUAGGGUUAAGCAGAUGUGGACCGUCGGUGCCAAAUUUUACGGUAUUCCCGAGAGCUUCAUUAGGGUUUGUGUCGCUGCCUGCCCCAUUUGUAAUUCCUCGUCCUCCGGGUCCGCCAUUAGGAGCAAGCGGCGACGGUUUGAGUACACUGAGUCCUUUGAUGUGCCGGCCAAGGAGGUCCCCUCUAAAUUGCAGCAAUUGGCGAAGAAACACAAGGUCGUGCUCUGUAUCAGGCAGAAGUACAUUAGGUAUAAGCCCUUUAUGGCUGAAGUGAAGGACUAUGCUUGUCAUCGGGCAGGUGAACCUGCUGCUGCAAAGAGGUCGAGAAUUCUGAAGAGGGAGCCCUAUGUUUCGAAGAGGUGCGGGUGCGGGUUUCGUAUCCGGGCUAUUGUGCCUAUUGCGAAUUACAAUGAAAAGGAUAAGACUUUUGUUUAUCAGGAGGAAGGCAUGGCUGUUUUCAAGCUGUACGCCGUGCAUUCUGGUCAUGAGCCGGGUCCAUUGGAUGGGAAUGCAAGGAUUAUGCACAGGGUUGUGGGCCAUAAAAACGGGCUCUUGAUGGAUCAGGAUACAGUGUAUGGAGUGAGCGAGGAAAUGGAGAAUGAAGGGUUUGGAUUGAUGGGCAAGGACGAUGGAGAUAUGCAGCUUACUGUUCUACAGCAAGUACAGGAAUUAAGAACUGAGAUAGGUUUACUAGAGGGGAAAAUCGGGAAACUGCCAAGGGAGAUACUGAGUUCGCUGUCUCAAGAACUAUUUGAGGUUGUCAACAGAGUGAGGAGAUUAGGGGAGGAGAGCUCGAAGUCAGUUGGGUUACUUUCGGAUAAAAAUCAUUCAGAUGAUGUGCUCAUGUGCGAGAAUGAUUUAGCCCAUUGGAGUAAUCAUCAUUCCGAGCAGAUGUAUGGAGAUGGGAAGGAAGCAGAGUUGAUUGAGGAUGAUGAGGACAGCUUUGGGCGGUCCCUAGGGGACGUUGUCCCUUGGGAGCCGAUGAGGGCAGAGUGCCGAAGUCAAAAGGAUCUCAUGGCUGAGCCUUGUAAGCCCGAGAAGUGGUUGAAAUGCGGGGAUUUUGAUGAGAAGAUCAUUCUCGACUGUGAGGACACUAAGCUAACCAAGCCCCUGAGACAUGAUGAGGGCAUAGUUGGAGAUGAACAGGAGAGCCUUGUAGGUAUACAGGUCGAGAGUUUCUAUCAGGACAACCCUAAGUGGUACGAUUCUCCUUGCGGGCUGGACUCAGGUACUGACUGUGGGGAUAGUGAAUUCAGGCAUAAUCUGUCAGUCUAACUUAGGUUUAAGGUUAUUAUUUUUGUGCCUACUCAUCAAUUCUAUCAAAAGUUAGACAUGGGGUUUGUAUAUGUAUACGAAAACAUUGGGGUGUCUUACAUGCAUUUUUAGGUGGUGAUUUGAUGCGUCUUGGCUCUGUAAAAAUUAGCUGAUUGGGCCUCUCUGAGUCAGUACUUGCACAUACCUUUUGUAAUUAUAUCUUAACCCUGUUGUGUUACAGUCUCCUAGCCUGUUUGUUCUGUAGUAGAUUAGGUAACUUGUAUCUCUGCCAUCUUGUUGUCCACAAAUCUUGUACUUAUCUCAUGCCCAGUAAUCUUAGAGAUUUUUUCCCUUUAUAUGAACCUUAUGAUGAUGCUGAUCUA